AUGAAUAGGGUUGCCAUUGGUCAAAUAUGUUCAUCGUGUUCUCUAACGCAAAAUCUGAAAACGAUCAACAUGCUCAUUGACUCUGCACUGCUGCAAGACGUGAAAGUCAUAUUUUUCCCCGAGGCUUCAGAUUACAUCUCAAGAUCAGCGUCGCACUCCAAAAAGUUGGUCUCACAAUCACCAGAGUUCGCGGACAGUCUGUGCAGAUCAAUCCCCAGUCUGUGCCAGAAAUAUGGUAAGAAAAUAGAUGUUUCCAUUGGGGUGCACUUGCCAGCUGCAAAGGCCGAUGGCCAGAGCUCGGAUGACAGAGUGAGAAAUUGUCUGCUGUACAUAAAUCACAGGGGAGAAGUGCUUCAAUCAUACCAAAAACUGCACCUCUUCGACGUGGACGUCCCAAACGGGCCUGUGCUGAAAGAAAGCGAGUCUGUGCAACCCGGAUCCAUUAUAGCACCAGUUUUAGACACACCAGUGGGAAAACUAGGAUCGGCAAUCUGUUUCGACAUUCGGUUUCCCGAGCUUUCGCUCAAACUGCGUUCAAAAGGAGCCGAAAUUUUGUGCUUCCCUAGCGCCUUCACGGUAAGGACAGGUGAAGCGCACUGGGAGGCCCUUGCGAAAGCAAGAGCCUUGGAUACACAGUGCUACGUCUUGAUGCCCGCGCAGCAAGGGGAGCACCAAGUCAACCUCGACCUCGAAGAAGGAGCCAGCGACGCUUUCACCGUGAAGAGAGUUUCAUGGGGCCAUUCCAUGAUCGUGGAUCCCUGGGGCCAAGUCAUCGCAAGAGCUGAUUCUCAAAAUAGCGAAGCUCAACUUAUCAUGGCAGAUUUAGAUUUUGCCGCCCUCGAGAAGAUUCGAAAGGACAUGCCUCUGUGGGACCAACGUAGAAGAGAUGUGUUUGGAGACUACGUGUAG